GGCAAUGGUUAUAUUGCUGUAUCGGAUUUACGCGAUAUUUUGAGAGCACUCGAUGACAAUGUAUCCGAGGAAGAGCUGGACGAAAUGAUCGCGGAGAUCGAUGCUGAUGGCUCAGGAACAGUCGAUUUCGAUGAAUUUAUGGAAAUGAUGUCAGGAGAAUAA